AUGUUUGUGUGUGACAGAAAUCUUCUGGCUGGUUUUUGUUUUCCUAGCUUUGUAGCCGGCAUUGGCUUUUCGGAGGUGCCAAGACCAGAGCGAGUGGAAUUAGACUUCAUCCGGCUCUGCCAAAGAAACUUGUGGCACACCCGACUGUGGCCCCCUUGUGCUCACACCAUCCGCGCCCCAAUUCCUGAACUCUGUCAAGGGCCAGGAGAACUCUUCCACUGGCCCCAAGAAGUGGGAUGGAAGAAGGAGAAGGGGCCAACCCCUGAAGAGGCAAUACAGAAACUGAAGGAGACAGAGAAGAUAUUGAUCAAGAAACAAGAGUUUCUGGAGCAGAAGAUUCAACAGGAGCUACAAAUGGCCAAGAAGCAUGGGACCAAGAAUAAGAGAGCUGCCCUACAGGCUUUGCGGAGGAAGAAAAGAUUCGAACAGCAGCUGGCACAAACCGAUGGGACAUUAUCUACCCUGGAGUUUCAGCGUGAGGCCAUUGAGAAUGCCACCACCAAUGCAGAAGUGCUUCGGACCAUGGAGCUUGCUGCCCAAGGCAUGAAGAAGGCCUACCAGGACAUGGACAUUGACAAGGUGGAUGAACUGAUGGCCGACAUUACAGAACAACAGGAGGUGGCCCAGCAGAUCUCAGAUGCCAUUUCUCGGCCUGUGGGCUUUGAUAUGGAUGAGGAUGAACUGUUGGAGGAGCUAGAGAAGCUGGAGCAGGAGGAAUUGGCCCGGGAGUUGUUACAUGUAGGCGACAAGGAGGAAGAACCCCCCAUCAAACUGCCUGGUGUACCUUCCACACAUCUACCUGAAGAGCCAGCUCCCAAAGCGGAUGAAGAUGAAGAAGCACUAAAGCAGUUGGCCGAGUGGGUGUCCUGAUGUGUCUGGGCUUGUUUUCCUGGCGCUGACUUCAUUGGUCUCUUUUCCUUAAGUGCCAAGUGCUAAGCAAAGGAACGUAGCCUUUUGGGGGGGUCCUGCUGAGGGUGAUAGUGACCCUGCCUGAAAAAGGGUUGUUGCCCUCCCCUCCCUGGCUCAACUCUGAAAGAGAAUGUUGGUGCAAGAGGAGCCCCUUGGCUUCCUUCUCUUUGAUAACAGUUACAGUGCCCUUGUUCCCAAUAAAAUCAGGCAGAUGGAACCCUAGUGUUUAUACUGCCUCAUCUACACCUGAAA